AUGGAGUACCCGCGCGUCCUGUUCCCCGGGUUUUACCAUGAAGGUCCCAUCGUCCAGGAAUCAUCGGGCAUUGCGCCCACCCUGGGGUGGGGGGGCUAUGACAGAGUUCAGCAAGACGUCAGGGAUCCCCAACAGAGGAGGUUCGUCCCUCUGUACACCAGAGCGGCAGAGAGAUGGGAGAGCACCGAGCCAGCGCCAGUUCCACGCCAUUACCCCAACAUCGUUUCUGCUGAGACCGCCAUCAUAUUUUUGCCCCAGACCACAGCGGUCAUUGUUAGGAUGGUCGGCAGGUUCUGCUGGGAUCAGAGCAGCGAUGCUUUCCAGACUAUGGGCCGACUGCUGGAGCCGCACAUCUACCUGGGAGAGAAGAAACUGAGGGGGAAUAACAGAGUUGACAAAAUUAAAAUGACCAAAAUGUUCCAGUGGCUACACAACAUGCCGUUCCAUGAAUGUCCAUUCUCGUACACCACCUACCCCAUACGUGGGUUCUCCUUGCUCACUGGUGACUGGCUGCCGGAUGUGCCGCCCGCAUUGCUGGCUGAGCUGGUUAAUGACGGCAUGGCUGAGGAUUGGAAGCAGCUGCAAUUCCAGGAGUCUGUCACAGGGGGCGCUCUCUGCUGGGUUCCAUAUCCUGAUGGUUUAGCAGGUUGUCUCAUCUAUCCUCGCGGGCCGGCUAUGAACCAGCUCCACUUUCAGCAGAUGAUCAUGAUGUCCUCCAGGCUGAAAAACCAAGGAAAGCCGGCCGUGUGCAACCUCCAGCAGAGGAUCCUUCAGAUCAGCACCGGGGAGUUUGACAACAUUUUCGUUGGUGUUCGGUCUGCGUACAAUUUGGCCACAUGGAGUUUUUCAGCUGAUGAUCCUCCCAGACCUCUUGGUGUUGUGAGAACGAAGACACCGAGCACCUGCAUCAAUGUCAGCCCUCACCUGCCCGGUGAACUCUGUGUCUGUACGGAGAGCGGGACGUUAUACCUGUGGAACCUGGAGAGGGGUUUGCAGCGGAUCCGUCAGGAUGAAGAGACGCUUUUCUUCCGCGAUGACUCUCCCUGGAGAUGGAGCGACUUCACCUCCCACCCUCGUGUCCUGCAGUACACUGACCGCACUGGAGUGCAGGCUGCAGACGUCCGGGUGAAAGAUGCUCAAAGCUUGGACCUGUUCCGUAUCGGUCAGGAUUCGUCAUGCCAGAGAGGAGAGAGGGUGAUAUUAUCCCGCUGUCUGCGAGAGACGAACCCAGCUCACUUCCUGGUGACCACACAGUUCUCGGUUUACAUCAUGGAUGAGCGAUGUCCUCUGGUACCAAUGGCUAAAUGGGCACACAUGUUAGAGAGGCCGCCAUCGUUCGUCAACGUUGUUCCAGGAGAUGUGACUAACAAGAUCCUGCUGGGAACUCAGCACAGCCAGGAGACGGUGCUGCUGCAGUACUCUGGAGGCAACACCAACCCUUGCCAGCUGCAUCUGCCCGCAUUGAAACUCUCCCGGAAUUCAGAGUCCCUCCAUUACCUGGAUCCGUUACCUCCGCUUCUCCAUGACACUGUGACACAGAGGCUGGCAUCUCCCAUGGCAGGAUUGGCUACAGCAUACAAUCCAGAAUCCAUGAUGGUUUUCCUGCUGACAGAGGCCGGCGACGUCUUCACUCAGCAGCUGGUGCAUAAGAAGUCCCUGGCGCCAAGCUCCAGCCGUGAGGGUCAUUUUUCCAGGAGGAGUCCUACAGCCUCAUCGGAGCAGGCUUCAGAAGAUGUUGCCAUUGGCUCAGGGGCUUCUGGCCAGGAACCGGCAAGUGCUAGAGCCGCGGAAUGUUCUCCUGAACUUGACUCCACCGAUCCAAUUCGUGCCUCAAGUCCCAUCCGUGAAGUAGAUUCUACCGCUGCACGUUCUCUCAGCGCAAAGUCUAAGCUUUUUUUCAGCAAGUGGAUCUCUGCUUUACUCAAACAAGGCGUAGAGGUCCUCCAGCGUCCGGAAUCCUCGAUCACCAAGCUGUUCAGUGCUGAAGAAUUACGUGGAACGCCUCCGGAGGUAGAAGGAUUGCGCGAGAGCCUACGCCAGGCUAUGAGAGCGGGCAAACUCCAAAAAUUCGCCCCCCCGACCAUCUCGGAGACGGUGGAGCGGGUGCGCACAGAGGACUGGACAGACCCGUUGAGCCAGAGGCUCUCUGCAGCUUGGGAGGGCCGGCUUACCCACUGGUGGAACGAUCACUUGGGAUUGAAUAAGCAAAGCAAGGUUCAGGCUCUUCGAGAGAAGAUACGAAGACAAAAGCUGCAGAGGGCUCGAAGCCAAAGCUCGUUAACGGGAAGCUUCUUGUCCCCUUUCAGUUUUGGUUCAGAGAUGUACGAGGCGGAAGCCAGUUCCCCUUGGUCAUACGACGGUGCCCCCAUGUCAGACAUGGACACGUCGGUCCAUUCUGCAGUCAGCGAAACACAGGGUGGUGCUGACCCUAUUGAACAAGCUUCUAAUUGGAGUUUCCAGUCGGGGCCUUCAAGAAGGUCAGAUCUCUUCCACGGUAGACAGGCCCAUCCACAAGCCAAAUCUGAGCUGUCUUCACAAAUAUCAAGUGAGCCGAAGUUAUCAGAACCUUGUGCUAUCACCUCCUCACUGUCCCUCCGCUCUAAGGGUAUCCCCAGAGAGAGGAGGAGGACCUUACAAGACUUCAUAUCUAUCUUUGGGGAGAGCAGAGACACGCAAACCAGCGAUCCUACACCGGUGUCUCAGGAGAUCGCCCCGUCUCAGAGCUCCGAGAGGCUGUCGAGGAGCUUCCAGUCGCAGACCCCUUCACAGCGCCCCCAGACUCGAGCACUCUCAAUGCACAGUGAGAUCCAAACGGGCUCGCAGCCCCCUCGGGGGACCUCCUCUCAGGGGUUCUCGCAGCGCUCUGCAGCACAAAGCCGUUUACAGCGGCCACCUGCUAAAAAGUUUCGGAUGGGAUUCUAA